CAAGUGUGUCUUGCAGUGGGUCCAUUUAAAGUUUAACACCGUAACAUACUCUAUUGCAGCCGACAUGUUUCACGAUGAUUUACUCUCAGACCGCGUCGCUCAGAUGAAUCUGCAGCGGUGUCGCAACAGAGAGACUGAAAGACGGGAACGGAUUUUUAAUGACAAAGUGAGGACGAUCGGGGUUGACAAGGAAGCCUUAAACAUGCAGAUGAAAGAAAGAGAGAAACAAGAAGAGGCAGCAAGAGAGGAACAAAACGCUCAUGAUGCUGGUAUCCUCCAUAAUAGCAAAGUAGCCUGCCUCCUCCAUAGCAGAGAAGUAAAGGAGAGGCGUGCGAUGGAAAAGGCCAUUGUCGACUACCAACGUCGGGACCAGCGGGAGUUUGACCCGAAAGCCCCAGACCGCUGUGGGAAAGCAGACCCAGGUGACACACAGAUGACACUCCCUGGCCUGGUGGGCGAGGAUCCCGACAGUGAGAGCCGGCGGCGGAGGCAGAAGGAGCAGCUCAGAGAGUGGCUCAUUCAGCAGCAAAGUGAGCGAGCAGCAGAGAGGCAUCAACGAGAGCUGGAGGAGCAGCGCUAUGACCAAAGCAGAGAAGACAUGGACAACACAGCUCUGCAGCUUCAGAGCCUUGAGGUGGAGAGGAGAAAAGCAGCAGCUAUGGCCACUAAAGAGUACAAUCUGGCCAAGAUCGAAGAGAAGCGUUGCCAGCGAGGGGAUCGUAAUGACGAGGGCAAUCAAACGGGUACCGGGAACCAUCUGCGAGGACAGCUGACGGGUGUAGGUGCCGAACCCACCUCGGGCAUGGUGGGAGUGCCUGGUAGUUGUCCCAGCAGUGAUAGGAGAGCACCUCGAGAGAGCCUGCAGCAGAUCAUCCAGUUCCAGAAAUAUCAGAUAGAGGAGAAAAAGAGGGCAGACCUGGAGAAAAAGCAAGACGAGGAGCAACACGAUCGUGUCCGUUUGGACUCGGCUCGGACAGCUCUGUUCAUGGAGAGGCAGCAGGCAAAACUGAACAAGCAGCUGAGACGACAAGUGGACAGCACCAAUGUCAAGCUGGCAGAGACACACAAACAACAGAAACCGGACAUUAAAAGAGGAAGCAUUGACGACAGCUUCUUCUCCAAAUUCAACACCUGCAGCAGAUGAUGGAUGACUGGCUCAUCACAGUACCGAUAAUGGUGGAACGUGAGAAGAACACGGAAUGAACUACGCAAACCGUAAAUCAACAGUUGUUUUUAAUUAUGUCAAAGUUCAUUUCAGUGGUUGACAACAUUUGAAUAUGUCUGGAUGAUGACAGUUGUUCAUAUAUAAAAUAUAGUCUAAAACACACAUGAUACACUUUUUUUUUAGUUUCUUAGGGAUUUUUAUUUUCAUAGAUUAUAUAAAAUGUGCCUACAUGAGCAAAUGGUCAUCUAUGACCUUUUAUAUAUCUACAACAACUAAAAAUCUAAUUACAUUCAUGGAAACAACUUUAAAACUAAGUAAAGAUUAUACUGUGUCUUUCAAAGCCCACAGGAUACAACCACCAUUGUAACAAGCUAAGUAUUACACUCUUACAAAGCACAGGCAAACCACAAACACACUACCAAGAGAAACCAACCAAUAUUUAGCACCUCAACCACUGAGCAGUGCUGCCUGGCACUGUUACAAACAUAUGCAAACCUGAGUCUUAAAGUGCAAUUACAUUUAAAAAAACAAAACGUAAUAAUACUAGACAUAACAAGAUGCCUUUGGGUUGAAGCUAUUUCAUAUGUGUAGUUCAAGUAAUCCCCCUAAAUGUAGCUCAGGGCUGUUUCACACUGGCCAGUUGAUUUACUGGAUACAGCCGACCUCCACGUUGUGGCAGCGUGGAAUAGUCCUUUUUCAAAUGUAGAAGGAAAAGCACAGGUGUUACUAAUAACAUUAAGAAUGGCUCUGUUCUAUGACAUUCGGUCAUUAUUUAUUUCCUUAUUUAUCCCGGUGCUUUACCGACUGUGUUAUGCCAAAUUUUCUUUUGCAAGAAAGGACAAUAUCUGACCCCAAACAAGCUUUGUUGUCCCAUAUUUGUUGCUUCCAAAAAUCUGCUUCCCUGUGGAGCACUGCUUUCCACAUUACCAUUCAUAAUUGACCUGUGCUACAAGCUUUCUCAAAGGCAGCAUGAAGGCAUUUGAAGAUUGCUCGACAGACAAAAAAACAAAAAAAACAAACAGUUUCUUUCUAAAAAGCAUUUUCGUAGACAAACUUAUCCCAUCUUCUUUGCCACAGAGCCAGGGCUUUCUCCUGUUGCUUCGAAGUCAAAGAACUAUACCUGAAGGACAGACGAUGGAGAUGUCAGUGAGCGGUCUGCUGAGGCAUGCGAGGCCCUCACGCACAAUUCAAUUGUAAUUUGUAAAUCACCUCACCUGAUAGAGUUCAUAGCCAGCUCUUUGAGGGAGCCCAAAUGGGAUCUAAUCCCACCAAAGCCCACAAACGCUUCGUAGAAGUCAUAAGAGAGUCCGGAGGCGCGGAACAUGGCAGGGUCGUCGGAACUGAUGACCACUGGGUGGUUUUCUGACAUCAGUGCAGCUGCCGGGUGGUUUCGCAUAUCAUUUACUAGCUUCAACACCUGAACGAGGAAAGGAAAGGAGAUAUUUGUUUAAAAGAUGCACGAUAAAUUAAAUGACAGCCUUGUUGGGUUGAUAGUAUUUGAUGUAUUACACUAGUAAGUAUUUUUGGUGUACAGUAUGGUGUACAAGAUGACAGACCUGGUUGGAGAUGGGGCACACUUCCACAGCCAC